AUGCGUAGAGCGUCCCGAGACUCUACCCAGUCCAUCCCUAUCGAUCCGGUUUCUUCGCGAUCCGGAUUUUGUCGAUCGUGGGACGAUCCUGAAUCAGCUCUACCACCAAUGAAAUCGCAGCUUGUGAUUGAAUAUGCAUACCAAAUCCACGAGCGCGAACCGGAAACGUGGAUUUUCUGGAUCUAUGCCAGCAACGCCGCCCGGUUUGAGCAGAGCUACUGGAAGAUUGCAGACACAGUGAAGCUGUUUGGGCGGCAGAAUCCGAAGGCCAACAUUUGUAGGCUGUUAUAUAACUGGCUGCAGGACAGUACGAAUGGAAAGUGGAUUCUGAUAUUGGACAAUGUCGACGAUGCGCAUUUUCUUCUCGAUCGCCACGACGACGAUGUGCGAGGUCCGGCUGACGUUAUCGAGCUUGCCGCAGCGCUGGACUUUAUCCCGCUGGCGAUUGUUCAAGCUGCAGUAUAUAUUUCCGACUCGGAACGGGAUUGCUCGGUACGACAGUACCUCGACGAGUUCCGCAGAAGCGAUCGCAAAAAGGUCCGUCUAUUGGGCCGCGGAGAGGGCCAGCUCCGUCGAGAUUGGGAGGCCAGGAACUCGGUCCUCACAACAUGGCAGAUCUCCCGACGAUCCGUGGCUGAUUUGCUGUCGCUGGUGAGUUUCUUCGACCGCCAAGGGAUUCCUGAGGCGCCCCUUAAAAGCCGAAGCGAACAGCGACACGUGGAGCCGAGUCAUAGCGAUGACGACGGCGGCGACGACGACGACAGUGAAUCACAGUCUAGUGUAACCGAUGAGUUUAAAGACGACAUUCUUAUACUGCGCAGAUACUCCUUGAUCUCUACCAAUGCGGACCAAAGGACCUUCAGCAUGCACGGCCUGGUGCAGCUCGCAGUGCGAAGAUGGUUAGAAAUGAAUGGCGAGCUAGAGAAGUGGAAGCAGCAGUAUAUCCGGAAUCUGAACGCGGAAUUUCCCACGGGAGAGUUUGAAAAUUGGGCGCAGUGUCAAAUACUUUUCCCGCAUGCAAAGGCAGCGGCCAGCCAGCGGCCCCAUGAGCGCGACUCAUUAAUGGAGUGGGCUGCAGUGUUGUACAAGGCCGCAUGGUACGACAUGCGAAAAGGCAAUGGGGCUGAGGGGAGAGCCUGUCCGGAACAUGAAGAUACACUGGAUAGCGUAGAAAUGGGUCGAUGGAAGGCAGCAGAAGAGCUGGAAGUGCAGGUGAUAGAGACAAGGAAGAAAGUGCUAGGAGCCGAGCAUCCUGACGCUCUGGCCAGCAUGGCGAAUUUAGCAGAAACCUACCGAAGCCAGGGACAAUGGAAUGAAGCUGAGAAGCUGGAGGUGCAAGUCUUGGACACAAGAAAGAAAUGUGCUAGGCUUCGGGCCAAAAAUCUAGGCACUACCCACCGGGAUACCUUGUCUUCCAACGAUGCUCUUACGGAAUGGCAGAAGAUAGAGCAUCAUAAAUCUUCAAGCCCCGGCAAAGGCCGAAGACGAGAGGCCUUGAAGCGUGUUCUGAGUUUUAAGUAG